AUGGCUACUCAAAAAGAAGACAAUAUCUCUCUUCUGAGCAUCCUCAGCGCAACUCAGAAGCUCCUGGAGGACCAACAAAAACGGCUUGCUCAACUUGAGGCAAGAUCCAACCAACCAGAUCGUCCAGAACUCACCAUUGAGGCUCUUGCGCCUUCCAUUCAGACGUUCGUCUACGAUCCGGACAAUGGCGUCACCUUCGACGCAUGGUUUUCACUUCAUGAGGACAUUUUCCGUGAAGAUGCAAAAUCCCUCGACGACUCUGUCCGAGUUCGUCUUCUCCUCAGGAAGCUCAACCCUCAAGGGCAUGAGGGUUAUGUGAAUUCUCUUCUUCCAAAAGCUCCACGAGAUUUCACGUUUGAUGAGACAGUUGCACGGCUAAAAGACCUUUUUGGCCGCCGGGAAUCACUUUUUCACACCCGCUGGAGAUGCCUCCAAAUACAGAAGAAAGAGACGGAUGACUUUCAGACACAUUCGACUGUCAUCAACAAGAUUUGUGAAGAGUUUAAGCUGGGAGAGCUUACGCCAGAGCACUUCAAGUGUCUUGUUUUUAUUCUAAGCCUCAAAAGCAAGAAUGAUUCUGAUGUGCGAACGCGACUUCUUCAUAAGCUGGAAGUGGAGAAGCCUGAGACACUCACAUUGUCCUUUAUGGCCAGUGAAGCAACACGUCUCACCAACUUGAAGACUGAGAGUGCUGAUCUUGAGCUUAAAGACACUACGCAGGGUAUUCAUUUUGUUCAGCGUCAGGGAAAACCUAAAAAGGGGAAUUCUUCAAACUCAAAGUCUCAACAAUCCGGGCGUAACUCACAAACACAGCCUUCUCAGGUACCAAAAUCUCCUUGUUGGUUCUGUGGUGGAUUGCACUUUGUCAAACAGUGUAAUUACUCAAAGCACACCUGUAAGGAUUGCUCCAGGGUGGGCCACAAGGAAGGGUAUUGUCCCCAGAACAAUUCCCUAAAGAACUCCUCAAGUUCCAAGUCCCAGUCAAAACAAAAACAAAUACACUCUUCGAAAUCGAAUGUCAAUCCUGUCAGUGUUCACCACACUGUUACAAACAGUCAGGCAAAAAGAUACAUUGACGUGGUAAUGAAUGGGAAAUCUGUGAAGUUGCUUUUCGACACAGGAUCAGAUGUGACAAUUAUCUCCAAGGAUGUCUGGAGACAUCUUGGAUCACCAGUUCUGUCAGAGACUCCCUCUACAGCUUCUGAUGCCCAGGGAAAUCACAUUCCUAUGGAUGGCGAGUUUUUCUGCACGGUUGACUUCAAAGGGGACAUUCAAAGGGCCAGAUGUCUUGUCACUGAUGUCAACAUUAACCUUUUUGGUGUUGAAUGGAUCAAUUUAUUCAACCUCUGGGGAAAAACCAUUUCUUCACUUUGCAGUGUAAACUCAGUUUCCGAAAAAGACAUUGUCACAUCACUCAAAACAACUUUCCCAUCUGUUUUCUCAUCUACAAUGGGAAAAUGCACCAAGGGACAGGCGCAUCUUCAGCUGAAGCCUUCAACAGUUCCAGUGUUCAGACCCAAACGCCCUGUACCAUACCAUGUCACGGAUUUGGUGGAUGAGGAACUUCAGAGAUUGCAGAAUCUGGACAUCAUUUCUCCUGUGGAUCACAGUGAGUAUGCAGCUCCUAUCGUUGUAGCCCGUAAACCCAAUGGUUCCAUCCGAAUCUGUGCUGAUUAUUCCACCGGGCUCAACAAUAAUCUCGAAUCCCAUCACUAUCCUAUCCCUACCCCUGACCAAAUCUUCGCAACACUGUCAACUUGCUCAGUAUUCAGCCAAAUAGAUCUCUCAGAUGCAUAUCUGCAGAUCGAAAUGGAUGAAGAAUCGAAGAAACUCCUCACGAUUAACACCCACAGAGGUCUCUUCACAUUCAAUCGCCUCUGUCCUGGGGUAAAAUCGGCACCUGGAAUUUUCCAACAGCUCAUUGAUACCAUGCUGGCUGGCAUCAAUGGGGUUCAUGCCUAUUUUGAUGACGUUCUCAUCGCAUCAAAGACCAAAGAGGAGCAUCAUCAGACACUCUUGCAAGUGUUUCGACGACUCAGUGAAUACGACUUCCGUGUCAAAUUGGAAAAAUGCAAUUUUUUUCAAAAGGAAGUACGCUUCCUUGGCUUCAUUCUCGAUGCCAAAGGACAGCGCCCGGAUCCAGCAAAGAUUGAUGCAAUUAUCAGUAUGCCAGCUCCGUCAAAUAUUGCACAACUCAGAUCUUUCCUCGGGGCCGUCACGUUUUAUCACGGUUCGUGA